AUGACAGCAAAAGCACUGAUAUUUAUUGAGUUCCAAUUCACGUCGAUAGAUGGCAACUUCAAAGUUCUAUCCUUCAAUCCAGCAAUUAUAUUAUUUUCUGAUAACGAUCAGUUGAACGAUGCUGAGCUUUUGUCAUUGGGAACUUCCAAAAAUCACAAAAGCUAUUAUCAUUUCAUGAAUUUUCAGGAAAUAAGCAGCCUAAUUUAA